AUGCUCCCCUCCCUCCUCCGCCUCCAGCCCCGGAAUCCCACCACCGCCACCCCCCUCGAUCCUGAAACGAUCUUCUCCGCCGCCUUGGGCACCAUCUUCACCGACGACGUGCGCAACCAGCACGGCGACCCGGAAAACGUGAUUGUCUAUAAUUCCGUGUAUGGAGAGCUAGAGUUUAGAACCUCGGAUCCGGUGAAAGAGGAGGGGCGCAGGAGGUUCGCGCACUAUUUGUGGAAUGCGGGCGUGCUUUUGGGGGAGGUUAUUGGGGGAAGGGGUGUGAGGCCGGGGGGAGAGAGGGAUAGGGAGUGGAGCGGGAUGGAGGAAGGGGACAAGCGGGAGGGGGAUGAGGGAAGGAGGUGGUGGAUUAGUAGGGAAGAGGAGGAGAGAUGGGGCGUCAAGAGCGAGCGGGUGUUGGAGCUUGGGGCAGGCGUAGGGCUCGCUGGUAUUGUUAGUGUUUUGGCUGGUGCUGAGGAGGUUACUAUAUCAGACUACCCAGCCCCCGAAGUCCUUGCUACGUUAGCAGAGAACGUCUCCACAAACGUGUCUGGGCACCUCCGCUAUCGCGUUAAUAUUGAAGGCCACGAGUGGGGCGACCUGAGCACCCCGUUCGCGCUCGCCAACGCGGGCCGCUAUACCCGAAUUCUAGCAGCAGAUUGUCUGUGGAUGCCCGACGAGCACCACAACCUCGCAACGUCGAUGCUGCACUUUCUGUCUCCAGCUGAAGACGCGCGUGUGUUGGUGAUGGCCGGGUUUCAUACCGGCCGGGCGAAGUUGGCGCCGUUCUUCGAGGUUGUUGGGCAGGAAGGACUGGAGGUCGAGGAGAUUUGGGAAAUGGACGCGGAUGGGGAGAGGAGGGAGUGGAUGACUGAGAGGGAAGGCGAGGGCGUGGCCGAGAGAAAGAAGUGGACCGUGGCAGCUAAGUUAAAGAGGAAGCAUUGA